GAGGAUACUUAACAUUAUGAACACUCAAUACAUACAGAUGACAGUCAUAUGUCUUCUGUGUUUUUGGACUUCGGGUUUAGCAGCGGAUCUACGAUGCAAUGAUAUGUAUGAAAAAGAUGGCAGAUGUUGUGGACUUUGUCCACCAGGCACAUUUUUGAAGAAGCACUGCACCACUCAUGCCAAAACCGACUGUGGUGACUGCCCAGCGGACUCCUACUCUGAGUUCAGUGACCGCGUAGAGAACUGUCAACCAUGCCUCAAAUGCCAACAGGUCUAUGCAAGAGCAUGCACCUCAACCGCAAACGCAAACUGUUUGUGUGGCUCUGGUUUCCUGUGCUCAGACCAUGUCUGCUCAAAAUGUGAAAAGGAAAAGAAAUGUCGCAAGGGAGAGGAACUGAAGAGGACAGGUUCCAGGGAAUACACUUGGAAAUGUGUCCCAUGUCCUAAUAACACAUACUCUGACACUGAACAGGGUCACUGCAAACCAUUGACACAGUGUGGUACACAUGGAUUUGUUGUGAUCUUCCCUGGGAACAAGACCCAGAACUCAAAAUGUGGUAUACAUGGGCAAGGAAACAAAGAGGACGGGCGUUACAUUCUGGCCACUGGCUUCUUCUUCUUUGCUGUCAUCCUCUUGGUGUUCCUCGCUUAUGCCUGCAUCAGGAGAAUCGGGCACAAGCCUGAAGCUAAUAUACAUGGUCUCCCGCUGUCAAAAGAGGAGAGUGAAGGCCAGCUCAUCCAGCAAGCUGAAACCAAGGACAAUGCCAGCCAGAUUCUGCUCUCCAUGGCGAGCAUCUCCACUGUGUGAUAUCUUACAUCUGCUUGCAGGAGGGCUUUGACUUCAGGGUAGCAUGUCAGCUAGUCCUGAAUGAACAAAUGCUACUUCUACAAUUUGUUUUGCAGUUAGCUUGCUAUAAUUCCCUUGUCUUUUGUAAUCUUGUUUGUUUUUAUUUCCUUUAUUUGUGCAGUCUUUCAUCAAUACUAAGUAUUAUUUUAUAUAGCUUUUCUUACUUUUUUUUGCACAAUUAAUACUGUACUGAAUCCCAACAUUUUUCUUUUUUUAUUUAACCUUUAUUUAUACAGGUUUUUUCGCAUUAAGAUAAAAUAUAUUUUUCAAGAGAGACCUGGUCCAACAGCUACGGGGGAACAAAGUUUCAGGCAAAACAUCUUACAUACACUGAUACAACAUUUAACAAAACAUUAGACACAUAUACAGUAAAAUAAUUACAUAUUAYAUAAAAAAACACAAAUGUCAUAACUAAAAAACAGCUGUCCUAACGGCAAUUACACUUUUUUAUGAUAUUACAUUGACCAAGUGUUUAAACUCCACCAGCGUGACUAGAUCAUCUAAUUUUUAAAUGUUUAGGAGAUAAUUCCAGGACAACAGAGAUGAGUAACUAAAACUAUUUCUACCAUGACCUAUUCUAAUUCUUGGUACUACAAGAAAGCAAAUGAGAAUAGGACCUUAAUCUAUAUUUAUUUACUGACCUGAUUAAAAAAGAACAGAGAUAAAGUGACAUUAUACCCAAUAUGGCCUUUUAAAUCAGUGUAUACCAGUGUUUAAGACUACGCAAGGUCAAUGACGACCAGCCAACGGCGCAGUAGAGAUCACAAUGACAUGUUAGACGUUUUUGAUUGGUAAGGAACAUGAGGGCCUCAUGAUAUGCUGAAUGAAGUGCUCUCAGGGUAGUGGUUGAGGCCUGUAUAUAUACAAAGUACCAGUCAAAAGUUUGGACAC